AAUAAAAACAUAGUAGUUUUUAUGGGGCUUUUAUGGGUUCUUUCUGUUUUCAGUCUGUGUAGAUGCAGAAUUACAGAGGAACAGUGUCUCAUCCUGACUUCAGCUCUGAAAUCAAACCCAUCACACCUGAGAGAACUGAACCUGAACUGGAAUAAACUAGGAGACUCUGGAGUGAAAAACCUCAGUGAUCUACUGAUGAAUACACAAUGCAAGCUGGAGAAACUAGAUCUGAGUAGAUGCAGUAUUACAGAGAAACAGUGUCUCAUCCUGACUUCAGCUCUGAAAUCAAACCCAUCACACCUGAGAGAACUGAACCUGAGUGAGAAUAAACUAAAAAACACUGGAGUGAAUCACUUAUGUGACGUACUGAAGGAUUCACACUGUAAACUGGAGAGAUUGAGGUUAGGAUACUGUGAAAUGACAGAUGAAGGUUGUUCUGCUGUGACUUCAGCUCUGAAAUCAAACCCAUCACACCUGAGAGAACUGAACCUGAGCUGGAAUGAACUAGGAGACUCUGGAGUGAAAAACCUCAGUGAUCUACUGAUGAACACACAAUUCAAGCUGGAGAAACUAGAUCUGUGUGGAUGCAGUAUUACAGAGAAACAGUGUCUCAUCCUGACUUCAGCUCUGAAAUCAAACCCAUCACACCUGAGAGAACUGAACCUGAGCUGGAAUAAACUAGGAGACUCUGGAGUGAAAAACCUCAGUGAUCUACUGAUGAACACACAAUUCAAGCUGGAGAAACUAGAUCUGUGUAGAUGCAGUAUUACAGAGGAACAGUGUCUCAUCCUGACUUCAGCUCUGAAAUCAAACCCAUCACACCUGAGAGAACUGAACCUGAAAUGGAAUCAAAUAAAAAACACAGGAGUGAAUCACUUAUGUGACGUACUGAAGGAUUCACACUGUAAACUGGAGAGAUUGAGGCUUUCAAACUGCAGUAUCACUGAAGAAGGUUAUAAAGCUCUGGCUUCAGCUCUGAGAUCAAACCCUUCACACCUGAUAGAGCUGGAUCUCACAGGAAAUGAUCCUGGACAAUCAGGAGUGAAGGAGCUCAGUGAUUUACUACAGGAUCCAAACUGUCAACUCAAGACACUGAGACUUUCAGCCUGCAGUAUCACUGAAGAAGGUUAUAAAGCUCUGGCUUCAGCUCUGAGAUCAAACCCUUCACACCUGAUAGAGCUGGAUCUCACAGGAAAUGAUCCUGGACAAUCAGGAGUAAAGGAGCUCGAUGAUUUACUACAGGAUUCAAACUGUCAACUCAAGACACUGAGGCUUUCAAACUGCAGUAUUACUGAAGAAGGUUAUAAAGCUCUGGCUUCAGCUCUGAGAUCAAACCCUUCACACCUGAUAGAGCUGGAUCUCACAGGAAAUGAUCCUGGACAAUCAGGAGUGAAGGAGCUCAGUGAUUUACUACAGGAUCCAAACUGUCAACUCAAGACACUGAGGUUUUUGGGUCCUGCUGCAGAUGAAGCCUGUCAGUAUGUGACUGGAAUUGUGGGUAAAAACCCGUUACUCCUGAGAGAGCUGAAUCUGAGUAAAUGUGAACUAGGAGACACACGAGUGAAUCAGAUCGCUGCUCUACUGCAGGAUAAACACUGUCAACUCAACACACUGAUUCUGUGUGGAUGCAGAAUUACAGAGGAACAGUGUCUCAUCCUGACUUCAGCUCUGAAAUCAAACCCAUCACACCUGAGAGAACUGAACCUGAGCUGGAAUAAACUAGGAGACUCUGGAGUGAAAAACCUCAGUGAUCUACUGAUGAACACACAAUGCAAGCUGGAGAAACUAGAUCUGAGUAGAUGCAGUAUUACAGAGAAACAGUGUCUCAUCCUGACUUCAGCUCUGAAAUCAAACCCAUCACACCUGAGAGAACUGAACCUCAGUGGGAAUAAAUUAAAAAACACAAGAGUGAAUCACUUAUGUGACGUACUGAAGGAUUCACACUGUAAACUGGAGAGAUUGAGGUUAGGAUACUGUGAAAUGACAGAUGAAGGUUGUUCUGCUGUGACUUCAGCUCUGAAAUCAAACCCAUCACACCUGAGAGAACUGAACCUGAGCUGGAAUAAACUAGGAGACUCUGGAGUGAAAAACCUCAGUGAUCUACUGAUGAACACACAAUGCAAGCUGGAGAAACUAGAUCUGUAUAGAUGCAGAAUUACAGAGAAACAGUGUCUCAUCCUGACUUCAGCUCUGAAAUCAAACCCAUCACACCUGAGAGAACUGAACCUGAGCUGGAAUGAACUAGGAGACUCUGGAGUGAAAAACCUCAGUGAUCUACUGAUGAACACACAAUUCAAGCUGGAGAAACUAGAUCUGUGUAGAUGCAGUAUUACAGAGGAACAGUGUCUCAUCCUGACUUCAGCUCUGAAAUCAAACCCAUCACACCUGAGAGAACUGAACCUGAACUGGAAUCAAAUAAAAAACACAGGAGUGAAUCACUUAUGUGAUGUACUGAAGGAUUCACACUGUAAACUGGAGAGAUUGAGUCUUUAUUACUGUGGAAUUACAGAUGUUUCUUCUUUAACUCAGUCUUUGACAAACACAAAAGCACUGCAGUUUAUAAAAGAGCUUGAUCUGAGAUACAAUAUGGUUGGAGACUCAAAGCAGCAGCUCACUGAUGUGCUACGACACUCAAACUGUAAACUGAGCCCCCAGAUAUCAACUAAAAAAACGAAAAACCGAAACACCGAAAGAAAUUAUGCCAAUUAUUAGUACCAUUGCAUUUGU